AAUACCAAAUUCUUGUUUAUGCCUCAACCCUUCUACAUCUUCACAUUAUAAACAUUAGACAUGCUAGUUAAACAUUACCAUACAAUCACACCUAAUAUUUUUUGGCCAUGGAAAAAUAUUUCAUUAAAACGUACAAUUCGAUUUCAGCCUAAAACUGCUACAACCCAACUUGUAACGAUUUCGAUGCCGGAUAAUCAUCAGGUUUCUACAAAAGAAAUUUCGAUGCCCGAUAAUUGGAUCCAUACCAAAGAAUUUGAUGAUGAGGUAGUGGCAUUUUGGGAUUACCAAUUUUUGUUCAUGUCACAAAGGUUGGAAGUAUCAAACCCUAUUAAACUUAAGCUCAUUGAAGGUGCACUUCCUAAAUAUUUUCCUUCGGGUACAUACUAUCUUAUUGGGCCGGGCCUAUUUAUUGAUGAUUAUGGAUCAACAAUCCACCCACUUGAUGGUCAUGGGUACUUAAGGGCCUUUGAAAUUGAUGGGCCUAAUGGAGAAGUAAAGUUUUGGGCCAAAUAUGUGAAAACUGAGGCCCAUAGGGAGGAAUGCGAUCCAAUAACAGGAUCUUGGAAGUUUACCCAUAGAGGCCCAUUUUCUGUAUUGAAAAGAGGUAAAAAGAUGGCAAAUACUAAGGUGAUGAAGAAUGUGGCUAACACUAGUAUCUUAAAAUGGGGUGAACGUUUGUUUUGCUUGUGGGAAGGUGGAACUCCGUAUGAAAUUGAUCCUAUAACAUUGAACACAAUUGGGAAUUUCAAUUUCAUCCAUAAUGAUGAUGAUCAUGAUGAUCAUCAUGAUGAUGAUGAAGUUAGUAUUAGUCAAUCUCAUGCUUGGGAUGUUGUUGCCCAUAUGUUGAAGCCUAUACUCCAUGGAAUUUUCAAGAUGCCUCCAAAACGAUUAUUGUCCCAUUACAAGAUUGAUUCUAAAAGAGGAAGGCUUAUAACAAUGGCAUGUAAUGCAGAGGAUAUGGUACUUCCUACAAGUCAUUACACUUUCUAUGAAUUGGAUCAAAAUUUCAAAUUGUUGCAAGUGAGAGAAUUCACCAUUCCAGAUCAUUCAAUGAUUCAUGAUUGGGCCUUUACUGACACACAUUACAUAUUGUUCACUAAUCAUGUCAAAUUGGAUGUUUUAGGAUCAAUGGCUGCCAUAAGUGGACAAGCACCAAUGAUAUCAGCACUUUCAGUGAACAAGAAGAAGCCAACAUCAUCUAUUUACCUUCUUCCUCGAUUUCCGAACACCAAAAACUUUAAUAAUAAGAAUGAAUACUGGAAAAAAGCAAUAGAAAGUCCACAAUUAUGGUUACUCCAUGUUGCUAACGCAUUUGAAAAAAUUGAUGAUCAUGGAAACCUUACCUUUCAAAUUCAUGUCACUGCUUGUGCUUAUCAAUGGUUUAACUUUCAAAACAUGUUUGGAUAUAAUUGGCAAAGUGACAUAUUAGACCCUUCUAUCAUGAAUAGUAAAGAAGGAAAAGAGCUACUAUUGCCCCAUCUUUUUGAGGUGACAAUCAAGUUAGACAAGAGUGGAAAGCAUCCCAAAUGCAAGGUGACAUGCUUAAACAAAAGAACAAGAUCAUCAGAUUUUCCAAUUAUAAAUCCUAGUUAUUGUGGUUAUAAACAUAGAUAUGUUUAUGCAGCUGCUUCUUCUGGUUCUCAUCAAAUAUUAUCACAUUUUCCAUUUGAUACAAUUUUAAAAUUUGACAAUUUAACUAAAAAAGUAAGUACUUGGUCUCCUGGAAGUCGUAGGUUUGUUGGGGAACCAAUGUUUAUCUCCAAACAAUCAUUUAAUGAUGAAGACGAUGGAUAUCUUCUUGUGGUUGAGUACGUUGCUUCACGUCGAAAGUGCAAUUUGGUGAUCUUGGAUGCAAAACGUGUUGGUGAAGUAAGAGCAGUUGUUGCAAGAUUUGAAGUCCCAAAAUCCUCUACUUUCCCUUUAGGUUUUCAUGGCACUUGGACUUCCAAACAAGAUCAAAUUUGGACUUAAUAUCAUAUUUAGAUAAUAUGAAGUACAUUUUAUAAUCAUAAUUCAUUCAAGUAUAUGAUCUAUAUGUAUCUAUUUUUUUUUAAUAUAUGUAUAAAAAUUUGCAAUAAAAAUAGCUAAAUUGUAAAAUAUAAGCAAUAUAAUAAUAAAUUAUGGAAGUACAUAUAUAUUUAUGUAACUAAUAAGCAAUUACGUUGGAUCAAUUUAUAUCUA